GCUUUCUUCAAUUUCUUCACCCAGCGUUUCGUGCCAAGCCCAGUCAUCAAUUGUUGGUGAAACGCAUAGAACAGCGAAUACGAUGUGUGCCAAUUUUGUCAUUCUAAAAAUGUAUGCCAGAUUGCAAGCAAUGGAGUGAAAAAAUUGCAAAUUCCUCAUUUCAAGAUGUGCUCUACCGGUUCUGCCAUAUUGCCAGAUUUAUAUAAAGACACAAAUGAGCAGUGGUGGAAGAGCUGGUAAACCCAAAGAGGAGGAACAAGAUGGCAUGUCCGUCCACUCUCCUUGCAAACCUCCCCCUUCCUCUGCUUCCUCUCUACCCAAGGAGCAAUCACAGGUUGAAUUGGAGCUGAGAUUGUUGGAAGCUCUUGAGAUUUACCCUCCAAUGAGGCUACAAGGAAUACAUCGCCACUUUGUCCUUUAUGGUCUGAUGGAAUUUUUAAAGAGGAAGUUUGACAGACACUUUUCUGCCGAGGAGGUUCUUCAAUUGUUGGAUCGAUUCUACAACAUAGAAAUGCUGAAAACAGAUGAUGAUGAGAUUGAUUUGCUUACUCACGAAGAAGAAUUUUCCUUGCCUCAGAGUUACUUUGUGAAGGAAGAACCCUGAACAACAACUUUUGGAGUAUACACAUUUUUUUCUUCAACCAUUGUUCAUCUUUAGAUAUGUACAGCUGGUUAUCUAUUCCUUUCCCUUCUUCCCGUUUUGGGAUAUUAUGUUCACGUUGACCCCGUUAAGUGGAGGUUCUUAUCGCGUGUCUGUUAAGUUCCACCGGUAGUUCUGGGAACUCUGAUCCAGUUGGAUACCUUCUGUCAUAAUGUAUUUAGCUAGCUAGACUGAUUUGGAUAUAAUGCACUUAGACUCGAGAACAUUAGAUCGAUGAUAGACCCACCAUGCAACCUCAAUCUGUUUUUUUUUUUUAAA